GGUUGCCAUAGUAACCGGGACUUAUUUCGCCCUGAGGCCUCCGCGCUGUAUCACGGGCCCUCGAAUCUUGCUUGAGUUCGACGAAAGGGUGUUACCCCAGGACGAGUUGUGCGAGCUACGUGAAAAUUGCAUGGUUAACAUUCGGGGUUAGGUACGACGAGUCGAUUACGAUGCUCACGAUGUAAUCGGACAGGGAAUGGUAGCUCCAGAGGUUAUGGAGUUCGUCAAUCGCUAAGAGAGGGAGACACUGAUUUGUGUAUCUUGCUUACCUACUACCUUCUCCUGUGCUGCUAUUUGCAUGGGAAUGUUGCACGAUGUUUUGCUGGUAAGGAUUUUACACGGUUUCCGUAAUACCGCGGCGUUCUAGACUGAAUUUCGCAAUGGCGCGAGACGAAAGGGAACGAUAAAAGAUGGCGUAUCGUACGCUCCUCGCUAAUCGUGUGUCUGCUUUAUAGGUGGAAGUGAGAGUGGAUACCGUGAUCAAUCAUACAGUCCUGUCACUCCGUACGGAGCUGCUCGUAAUUGAAGUUUUGAUGAUCAUCAGCCUUAAUGACAUAAUUAAUAAGGAGCGUGGAUUGGCCACUGCGCACAACUAUCACACUGAGACAUUUUGGUACGCGCACGAGGUUCCUUCACGUACGAUGAAUCAACGGAAAUCCAGUCCUGGUCACGUUUCAAUUAACAAAAACGUGCCAGCUUCCUCCGUUAAGCGCAAGAGACAUACAGCUCGGGAAAAAGAAACAAUAAAAAAGAGGAUAAAGAGUGGAAGCAGGAGAAAAGAGAAAACUCCUCGGAAGGGAAAAAAAUGCCCCAGUACGCGUACGUGGCCCGGAAACUGAUCGGAUCGAACGUUCCAGGAAUGCCACCGAGAACGAGGAGUCCGCAGCUGUUUAUGGUUAUACCUAGUGUAUCCUAACCUCUAAUUUUACUGAAACCAGUGAAAUAGAAAAAAGUCUAUCAACGGUUACGAUCCCGUAGGUCCAAUUUAGAUGGAGAACCUAAGUCACUGUGGACUACCUAAUUCGAGUGCCACGCCCUUUUUUUUUUCUCGAGACCAAUUACCAAGAGUCCGUCGCUUCUAAUUUGGACCGAAAAUUUUAUAAACAAGGUGGGUAUCGAGCUGAAGUUUUUCAAAUUUUUCAUUAAACCCAAUAUCGACAUCCUGACCAGGGUCAACAUUCUUGGACACUUCAGGCCGUCUCAGGUUCGAUUUAAUGCAUUGGUGGAAUCGUUACGGACCAAUGACGCGGCAUUCUUCGUGACGGGAUCGGAUUUCCGAUUAGGUGCUGGUAUCGAUAGCCUGGAAUGUGGGUGCAAGAAAUGGGCAGGACUCGCACAAACUCCAAGAAAGAACAUGAUACACUGUCUACGAGGUGUCUCUGUCCUCCGGCGAUUCCAGUCUCCUUGUCAAUCUAAUGCACAAGCACUGCGCGGCAUGGCCAUUAUCGCCAGCAGGAAGUUGAAGGUGGUCGGCCCCUUCGUAGAAUUGAUUAGCUUGUUUGACGCUUCGGAACGUGAAUUAAUUAGGCCUCCUAAUUAUCAGGCUCUUAUCGGGCCAAACGAUUUACCGUUCGACGUCACGUUUCUUCAAUCACAGAAUAAGGAUUACCCUUUUGACACCCGGCCCCCCCUGCGGUACACGGGCCAUACGCCCCUGGUACAAUCUCAAAUAAUUCAAACGGCUUAUCCGGCAAUGAAAGUGAUAAUACCGGGAGAGCCGAAGGAGGGAUUAAAAAAGAAAAAAUCUCAAAGCAGCGACAGAAUCUGAAAUCUCGAGAGGAACCUCCGUGAAUCUCCGGAGCUCGUAAAGAGAUAGUAAGCCAACAGUUAAAUUCUCAACGCGGCGACAGGUGGAAGUGAAAUAAAUUUCAACUAUCGCGGAAUCGUGUCCAAGAGAGCCAGGGCAUGUCUCUCUUUAUUUUUUUGUACACCAAUGUGAUUUACAUUGCUUCAACCAUAGCUGUUCUGUAUAUAUUUAUAUACAUACUCAUAUAUAUAUAUAUAUUCAACA